AUGGCCAACUUCUAUGAAGUGCUGGGGGUGCAGUCCAGUGCCUCCCCAGAGGACAUCAAGAAGGCCUACCGUAAGCUGGCCUUGCGCUGGCACCCUGACAAGAACCCUGACAACAAGGAGGAGGCGGAGAAGAAGUUCAAGCAGGUGUCCGAGGCCUACGAAGUUCUCUCUGACUCCAAGAAGCGCUCUGUGUAUGAUCGAGCAGGCUGUGACAGCUGGCGGGCAGGUGGUGGGGCCAGUACCCCUUACAACAGUCCCUUUGGCACUGGCUACACCUUCCGCAACCCUGAGGACAUCUUCCGCGAGUUUUUUGGUGGCCUAGACCCUUUCUCCUUUGACUUCUGGGACAACCCAUUCAACAAUGACCAUGAUGGCCGUGGCCGUGGCCUGCGUGGGGCCUUCUCAGCAGGCUUUGGUGAGUUCCCAGCCUUCAUGGAGGCCUUCUCAUCCUUUGACAACAUGCUGGGCCAUGGAGGGGGUAGCAGCCGCACCACUUUCUCAUCCACCUCCUUUGGGGGAUCCGGCUCAGGCAGCUCGGGGUUCAAGUCAGUAAUGUCAUCCACCGAGAUGGUCAAUGGACGCAAGAUCACCACCAAACGCAUCGUGGAGAAUGGGCAGGAGCGUGUGGAGGUUGAGGAGGAUGGGCAGCUCAAGUCGGUGACCAUUAAUGGCAAGGAGCAGCUCAAACGGGUGGACAGCAAGUGA